AAGAGAGGGAAGAUUGAGAGAGAGUAAAGCACACAGUCGGACAAAUAUCUCACACGCGCGAUUUUUAAUCUGAAAUUAUUAAGUGUACUGAUGAAUUGAAUAUUCGUGUUUGUAGUCUAAUAUUUUUAUACAUAAGUAUUAAAAUAAUUAUAUUUAUAAUAAACCCAUAAAAAUUAAGUUAUAUUAAUUUUUAUAAAUUUUUUUUAAACUUUUAAUGAAAACUUUUUUUUACAUGUGAUAACAUUUUUUCUUUUAUUAUGGCAUUUGCUAUUCUUGAUAGUGUUGUUCUUGGAUGUGCACUCUUGGGAUCAGUAUUAAUUGGUUUAUAUUACAGGAUAACAGGCGGUCGUCAAAAAACUACUGAAGAGUAUAUAUUAGGUGAUAAAAAUUUAUCUGUCAUACCAGUUGGUUUCUCAUUGAUGGCUAGUUUCAUGUGUGCGACCACAAUGUUUGGUUUAAGCUCAGAAAACUAUAUGCGAGGAACUCAUUUCAUGGUCAUAAAUGCAUCCAAUAUUCUUGGAACACCAAUUGUGGCUUACUUAUUUUUGCCGGUGUUUUUUAAAUUAGGAUACGUUUCUAUUUAUCAGUAUUUAGAAGAACGUUUUGGUAAGAUGGUUAGAACAGCCACAUCACUUGCAUUUAGUCUGCAGACUAUCUUGCGUACCGCCCUAGUAUUAUAUGCAGCUGCUAUUGCUACGGAUGCGAUUACAGGUAUUCCUCAAGUUAUAUCUAUGAUUGGCGUUGGUGUUAUUUGCAUAUUUUACUCAACUAUUGGUGGUAUAAAGGCAGUAAUUAUAACUGAUUUAUUUCAGUCUAUCCUCAUGUUUGCAUCCGUUUUUGCUGUCAUAAUAAUAUCUGCAUUAGAAGUUGGAGGAUUAACAGAAAUUUGGAAUAUUGCUAACGAGUAUGGUCGUGUUAACUUUUCAAAUUUUCAGAUAGAUCCAACCGUAAGGCAUUCGUGGUGGAGUUUAUUUAUUGGUGGAAUGUUUACUUACGUUUCUGUGUACGCAACUAAUCAAGUACAAGUCCAGCGAUAUCUUACAAUGAAAAACUAUGACGCGGCUGUGAAAACAUUGUGGUUUAGUUGGCCACUCACUGCAUUCCUAUCGUUGGCCAUGUGCUUUUCUGGACUUGCUAUAUUUGUGAAAUAUCGGGAUUGUGAUCCAUUAAAAACACAUAGGAUAGAAUCUGGUGAACAGUUAAUGUCAUUAUUCGUCUUGGAUACUAUGGGUUCCAUACCCGGAUUAACUGGACUGUACUUGUCCGGAGUGUGGUCGUCAGCAAUGUGCACAGUGUCUGCUGCGUUAAAUUCAUUAGCAGCUGUUACGUUAGAAGAUUAUAUACUUCCUUUUUCUAGAGCCGAAUUAUCCGAUAAAAAUCGAGUGGUUUUUCUGAAGUUAAUGGUGAUUGUGUAUGGAAUUUUAUCCAUAAUGUUAGGGUAUUGUGCACAAUAUGUGGGAUCUUUGUUAGAAGCUUCCAUGUCAUUGCUUGGAAUUAUCGGUGGACCUAUUUUAGCUAUUUUUACGCUUGGUAUAUUUGUUCCAUAUGUCAAUCAAAAGGGUUCGUUAAUCGGACUGACAAUAGGAUUAGUAUUUUUGUUUGUUAUUGGACUAGGUGGACCAAAGCCUCGUCUUAAAAAUUUACCCACUUACACAAAUGGAUGUAAAUUCGAAAAUAACUUGAUUAAUUCGACUUUAUCCGUCACACCAAUAUAUAAAGACAGUGAAAGUUAUAUAUAUUUAUUUAGAAUAAGUUACAUGUAUUAUAUAGUUUUGGGAUUCCUUACAACUAGUGUAGUAGCAUUAAUAGCAAGUUUAUGUUUUAAAUCGGAUGUUAAGGAUCUUAAACCAAUUUUAUUGUCUUCGUUAGUCUCAAAACGGAUUAUGAAUGAAAGCGAGAAUGCUAGAAAUAAGAGAAUCAAAAUUGUAAGAUCUGUAUCUAAUUCAAAGUCUAUGAAAAAAAUCGAAAUUCCAAUUAAGAAAGUAUAGUUACGUUUGAAAUGUUAUUUCAGUAUAUCAAAUUACGAUUUACGUAAAAAAUUGUAAUGAAUUAUUUCUUUAAAGUUUAUAAAUAACUUUAUUGUUCGAUUUUUUUGAGAAUUAUGAUCACAUACGUACGUCUUAUUUUUAUUAUUAAACUUGUUAUUUGUGAUAUUAUUGCUCAUAUCGAGUUAAACGUACGCAAACUAAAAAAAAAUGUACGCUAAUUAUUUGAUAUAACAUAUUUUUUAUUUAAAAAAUUGAAUAAUUACUGUUAUUACUUUUUAUAAUUGUUUACUUUAUUACUGAAUAUUUUUCAUAUAUUUUAUACAAACCAACGAGCAUACAAUAUUUUUGUAUAAAUUACUAUGUUACAUAUUAUACUAUGAGAGUUAUAUAUUCCAUUUAACUAAUUACAAAAUAGCUUUACAUCAAAAUUAUUAGAUCGUGCAUAGAAUUAUAGAAUCCGUACGGAUUUAGAGUAUGAUAAAUAAAUAAUAAAAUAUAUAACAAACUAUUUUGGAAAACAUAAAUAAAUAGAUACUUCCUAAUAAAAAAUGUUCAUAAUAAUUACAUUAUAUACGAUUAAAUUUAACAAAUUUAUAUAGACUGUUAUAAAUAUGUUUUUAAUGUAGUCAGAAUAUUGUAAUAAGAAAAAUAUAACAAUAAUAAAUAAAAUUAUAACUAAUACAUUUAAUGAACCACUUCGUUAUCACAAAAUAUAUUUAAAAAACAAUUGCUAUUUCAUGUAAUUAAAAAGUAUUAAAAUGAUUAUUCACAAUAAUAUAAUUGUUAACUUUGUGUAAUUUUUGUAGUUAUUUUGAAAUUUUCAAAAAUUUCACUUUAUAUUUCUAAUCUACAAACAUGUUAAUAGAUUUAAAUAGAUAAUAUUUAAAAUAUUCAUAUAUUUUUAAUUUAUUUUAGUGCUAAAUUAUAUUAAUGAAUAAAAUAAAUUCAGACUUAAGUCGCACAUUAAAUUCUGAUGAAAUAAUAUAAACUUUAAUGUAUAAUUUUACAUUAUAUAACAUGUAAAUUGGUUAACAGUUUUAUUUUUAAAAUUGUAUAUAACUAACCACAUCGUAUGUCUAAAUAAUCGUUAAUUCUAAUGUGAUAUGCAACAAAAUAAAACAAAAUGUUUAACAAACACUAAAUGUAGUAAUUAGGUAGUAAGUAAAAAGGUUAGGUACACGAUAGUUAUACUAUUAAAAUCUAAUUAGUAAAGAAUACUGAUGUUUAAAUGUCACGAUUAAUAUUAUAAUAUAAUAUUUAAAAAAUAUUUUCAAAAGGUUUUCAAACAUUUUUAUAGAAUAACACUAUAUAUUUAAACAGGGCAUAAAAAUUUUAUAACAAAUAAAUUACAGGUUGUUUUUUUUAAAUAAUAGUAUAUUGAAGUGUCUGAAAAAAUUCUUUAUCAAAAUAAAAUACUAUUUUUAAAAUAAAAAUAUUUAACAUCAAAGUAAGCAUAACAGUUUGACUAACACAAUUAACAUUCAUAAAAAAUAAAGAUAUAGUAGUGUAAAUUAUAUAUUUAAUCGUAUAGUACAAUUUUAAUAAAGAGUUAUUGUCAUGGGAUCAUAUGCUAUAAUGUCAUAAUAAAAGGUCUCUAAGUUUAAAAAUUAAAAAUCAUUAAAAAACUAAAAAAUUUAAUUUAAAAGUAGCCAAAUAAAAUAUAUUUAGCUAAACAAUUUAACUA